AGGCAGAGAACACUGAAUUUCUCAAGAGAAGCCUCCAUGCUUUUACAUUAGGAACAUUUUAGGUGUUGUUUUGGUAAAACAUGCCAAAUGUAGUUUUUGAAAAAUCAAAAACAACUAGCCAAGCCCUAAUUUAAACAUUUCACAAUUAAGGGGUGCGUGGGUGGGUUGUCCAAUAUCCUGGGAGUAAGGUCCAAUAAACUCUACAAUGUCAACUUUAGAGUGUAUUGGCUCUGCUUAUAAAACACAUGGUUCUUUUAUUAAAAGAUUUUCCAGCUAGCUCAGCAUAAGCUUUUGUUUUCAAUGAAAAAUGGAAACAAUUCCUCCAAAUAAGUUUUCCCAUUUGAACUGCUCAUGCUGGAGAAACCAUAAAGGAAAAGCCGUUUAUAACGUCCAUUGGAUGCUUCUGUGCAUUUCGAAAAUUUAUGACAUUGCCUGAGGGCAAAUUCAUGGUUACAGGAAAGAGAAAUGAUGACUUGAGGUGUGGCUACCUUUCAGGACACAUUUCUUGCACCAGCUCAGGUGUGAUUGAUACUUUGGACGCCAGUCUCACUGGAACUGCACAGGGCACACUUGAAGGAGCCAGGAAUCCCUGAAAAAGCAAGUUGAAGAAGAUGGUCAUCUGUGCCACGGCUUUUGAGGUGCGACUUAGGAAGCAGAACUUCAUGGUGGGCAUCUGUGCGAUUUUCCUUGUCAGCUUCACACUUUCGCUGUUACAGACGGCAAAGAGAAAAGAGGCUAAAGUAGAAGAACAAGCCAGAUGCUGGGAACUGAAUCUAUUACUUCAGAAGAAAAUUGUCUCAGGAAUGAUCAAUUUCCAUAAGACAGACAGUGAGAAGGAAAAGUUUCUUAUGAUAAAUAACUGGAAGCUCCGGGCUCUGGAUAGGACAAUACUAAUGCAUCUGCUGCUCACCCAAGGAUGCCCCUGGGAGCCUGAUGCAGCAGCAGUCGCACAAUACAGGGCACAACUGGGGCAAUGCUGCAAUGCUUCCUUUUGGUUAGUGGUGACCAAGGAGAACACACCACUGGGAUCAUAUAUUACCCUUGAUGGGGCCAAAAACAAAAAACUGCGGGUGGAAACCGAGCUGUUGGACAUGCUGCCGGAGAGAUCACCCUUCUUGGACACUUCUUAUAGGGACUGUGCAGUGGUAGGCAAUGGAGGAAUCCUACUAAACAGCUCCUGUGGACAUGAGAUUGACCGGGCGGAUUUUGUAAUCAGGUUCAACCUCGCUCCCAUGAACUUCUCUGAAGAUGUGGGAACCAAGACAAGCUUGCUGACCAUCAACCCCAGCAUCAUUGAGACUAAAUUCCAGUACUUGCUGGCCCGGCGGAAGCCUUUUGCAGAUGCUCUGUACCCUUACAGAGAUGCCUUCUUCCUCCUCCCCAGUUUCUCCUUUGUGGGCCACAGCACCCUUGGCUACCGUGCACUUUACACCAUGGAGGACUUUGGCCUGGUCCAACAGGCUCUCUUCUUGAACCCACAGUACCUGCGUAAUCUGAGUAAUUUCUGGAGAACAGGCUUACAAGCACACCGCCUCUCCUCCGGCUUCAUGCUGGUCAGCAUGGCUUUGGAGUUCUGCGAGCGCAUCACCCUCUAUGGCUUCUGGCCCUUUUCGCAUGACCUGGACAACAAGCCCAUCCCUCACCACUACUAUGAUAACAGGAAGCCCAGACCUGGGAUACAUGCCAUGCCCACAGAGUUCUCACAUUAUCUCAGCAUGUACUCCCAAGGUGUGCUGCGGUUACGACUGGGCAAGUGCCAGUGACAGAUAUAUGGCUAGAGUGGGGUUGGAAUGAUCUUCUAAACCAAGUGUGGACAACUAUGGAAUGCCAGGGGACCACAUUAGCCUUUUAAGAGAACAUCAACAUCCGUACACAAACCACCCCAGAAAAAAAUUGCUCCUAAACUCCCUUUAGGAUGUGUGGGUGACCUUUUUGCUGUGUUUUUAGUGAUCUGUGGGCCAGAAGUUACUUGUUUAUUUCCAUGGAGGUCAUAAAAUGGCCAUGGAGGGUUGUAUGAGGCGCACAGUCUAUACUUUGCGUGCCUCUGUUCUAAACUAUGGGAAAACUGGCCAAUUGCAGCACCUGUGAGAACUUUAAGAUGGCAGUACAGAGUUUUGUGGUUGCCCAGAAAGUUGUGGAAUGCAAGAAGGCCAUUCUAGAAGUAUGGGUUUGCAUAAAGUGAUUCCUUGCUUCUAGAGGAACUCCUGGCCUUGAAGCUGAAUCUUGCCUGUUGGGCUUUCCUUGGGUUCUCCAGUGCCCACAGACAGUGGGGAAAAACUGUGGUGCAGUGUGCCAGUCAAUAAAUGCCUUUUGGUAUAUAAUGGUAUAUAUAUAUUCUCGGCCUGUGAGGGAGAGAAUAGGCUGGCCCAGCUCCAUCAGGGCUAGCCUGAAGAAAAAGGCUCCUCCCUCCAUAACUGUCAUCCUCCGGCCUGUGAGGGAGUUGA